GAAAUACAAAAUCUUCUCAACUAGUUUUCCUGAACCAGUUAAUGCAGAUAUUGAUCAGUGGAAUAAAGUUAUUGAACAACUAGGAACGCCAUCUGCAGAAUUCAUGAAGAAAUUGCAGCCAACUGUACGAAAUUAUGUAGAGAAUAGGCCAAAAUAUCCAGGGCUUGGCUUUGAAACAUUAUUUCCAGAUUGGGUGUUUCCAGCAGAUUCAGAACGUGACAAGUUAAAAGUAAGUCAGGCCAGAGAUCUUCUAUCAAAAAUGCUGGUAAUCGAUCCUGACAAGCGAAUUUCUGUAGAUGAUGCCUUACAACAUCCAUAUAUUGCCGUCUGGUAUGAUCCUUCUGAAGUAGAAGCACCCCCUCCGCAGAUUUACGAUAAACAGUUGGAGGAGCGAGAACACAGUAUAGAGGAAUGGAAAG